GUAACAUAACAAUAUUGCCACAUUUACUCGGCUAUCUCUCUCUCUCUCUCUCUCUCUGUUUCUAGUGUUCUAGUUUCUCCUCAUCAAUGGCUUCAGCAAUGUCCAUGAAUGCAUCACCUGUUCAUCCACCAAAGAUAACAACCGUGAAAGCACUAGUUGAAUCAACUGGCUCCUCCUCCAUCCCUUCGUUUUACAACUUCACCCCUUAUCUCCGUGAUGAACCAAUAGCCGGUGAUGCACCAAUAGCCGGUGAUGCAGAAGAUUCAGUCCCCAUUAUCGACAUCUCUCUUCUUGUUUCUGGUACUCCUGAAGAACAGUCCCAAAUCAUCCAUCAACUCAGCAAAGCCUGCUCAGACUGGGGCUGCUUCAUGGUGAUUAAUCAUGAUGUGACGGAGAGUCUGACGAAGGCAAUGAUAGCUUCGUUUCAAGAAUUUUUCGACUUGCCAGAGGAGGAGAAGAAAGAGUAUCAAGGAAACCAUGUCAUGGAUCCAAUCAGGUGUGGUACAGGCUUUAAUCCUUCAAUGGAUAAAGCAAACUAUUGGAGAGAUUUUCUCAAGUGCUUCGCCCAUCCUGAAUUUCAUACACCCAACAAACCAGCUGGGUUCAGUGAGAUUGCAAGGGAGUUCAGCAAAAGAAACCGGGAAGUAGUAAUAAUAUUGCUGAAAGCUAUAUCAAAGAGCUUGGGGUUAGAAGAGAGCUACGUAGAAAAGGCUGCCAAUUUCGAGUUGGGUUUUCAGUUGCUUGCUGCUAACUAUUAUCCAACUUGUCCAGAGCCAGAGAAAGCAAUUGGCAUCCCCGCUCACUAUGACCAUGGUCUGUUAACCACUUUGGUAAAUAAUGGCGUCUCUGGCCUUCAAGUAAAGCAUAACGAAAAAUGGUUUAAUGUCAAUAUCCCUGCCAAUGUACUCUUUGUUCAAGUUGCUGAUCACUUGGAGAUUUUGAGCAAUGGCAAGUACAAGAGUAUUGCACACCGGGCACUUGUGAAUAACAAAGCUACAAGGAUGUCCAUAGCUCUGGCACAUGGACCAGCACUAGACACGGUUAUGAGGCCAGAACCAGAGUUAGUUGACAAUGAAAGUGAUCAACCUGCAUAUGUUGAAAUGACAUAUAGCAAAUUUUUGGAAUUGCAGCAAACUGGGAGGCUGAGAUCUAAAUUCCAGUCGGAUAUUGAACAAAGCAAAGCAGUUUGAGCUAGUUGAUUGGUUUACAAAGCCAAUUUCUCAAUUUAGUGCUUUAUAAUAAUAAUGAAUAAAUGUUGGACAAUUUGGUUUAAUUUUAAAUUUGAGAGUUGAAAACUUAACUUAGACCAAAUUUAAGAUUUUCAGCCAUGUUGUUCUCAUGUUAGUUUGUUUGUUUGUUCGUUCUUUUUUUUUUUAGCAGAUGCUCACAUGUUUGUUGAAUUUAAUAUUUAGUAAUAAAUUUUAUUGGCUUAUUGCUAUCUAUGCUAUAGUUACUAUGUAAUAAAUGUCAUAUUUAGCACAUAA